UCAGUUCGGAAAUUGCCGGCGGUCAGCACAUUUACUUUGAACCAGCCGCGGCGUGAAAAGUUCUUAUUGAAAAAAAAGAAAUAGAAAAGAAAAACGUUUUUAUUUGAACUUUUCCAAAGGUUUUUUAUUCUAGAAUAAAACCUAAAAAGUGUGUGUCUGUGUUGUGUUAAUAAAGAAAUUUUGUAAAUAAUAAAAUAUAUAUAGUACGGGUAGAUUUGCCAAUAUAUUUCUGAAAAGACUGGGAACUUUGCUGAUCCAAUCGGAGUAUUUUUAGAAUGUUUUGUGAGCAAGUCUGUGGGAAAUGUGGACAAUGUACUCGUCAUAAACAAAUGUGCAGGGAAAAUAAUUAAGAAAAAAAAGUGAAAAACAUAUAAAAAUAAAAGGAAAUUAAUAAAGCUAAUAUAAACAAAGGUGCAGAAAGGUUAAAAAAGUAAAAAACUAAAGAAAGUGAAAGAAAUAUAAAAGAAAUAUCCCAUGCUUGGCCCAACUGUGAUUAUGAGUUUCCUUUUAGCUCAUUAAAAAAAAUAAAUAAAUUCCCCUCUUAACUGAUUAAAUUGAAAACAGGGAACACUCUCUAGAAGUCUAUUUCCAUAAAACUGGCGCCUCUUUGUCUUUAUUUUCCUCUCAGAGCCAUCAACUAAUUAAACAUCUUUCUAGCUCUGCUAUCCCCUUGCUUUCCCCCUUUCUUCUUCAUCUCCAUCAUUAAUCACGUUUAAUUUUCCUCAAUAUGCAAUUCUAUGCCAUAAACAGGAAAAUAAUUGCAACAAUAAAAUAAAUAUAAACAACAGCAGAAGCAGCAAGCCGACAGACCGUUGUAAUCUUCAUAUCCGGCUUGUCGCCGUCUCUGAGCUCUGCAGAUGGAGCCCAGUUUUCCCCCACCAACUCUCUUUUUCCUAGUUUCCCCCUCAGGGAUCACUUUUUGCAUCAUGGAGGCUUUUUAAAAAACAAAGAGAGAGCUGCGUGUGCCAGGCAAAUAAUUGGGGAGUAACAAAGGGGGUUGGUUCUGUGUAUGAAGGAAGUAUGGGCUGUGAAGGGGAGUCUGCCCCUGGAACUGAGUGCUUCCUUUUUUGACAUUUUAAUUGCAAUGCUGAUGGAUUUCACUGUUGACACUUGCCUUUUGGCACCAUUAAUUGUUAAUGAACUUCACAGUAACAAUAUUUCAAGUUUUGUGGGUUUAAACUGGUUGUCUGUUGACUGGUUUUUGUGAAGGAAAAACUUACUAACUUCAUAAUCAAAUCCUUAAGACACCUUUUCCCAAAAAAGAGCUUAAGAAGGUAUUUUCCUAGCCGCCUAUCUUCCACAUUCUUUCUUCAAGAACUUAUAAUUAUUUUCUUAAAACCCACCUUUUAACAUUUCCCACUGAUUUCCUUUGUUUUUGACCCCAGAAAAUUGUCUGUGAAAAGCCAAGCCCAGAAAAAGUUAAAUAUCUUAACUAGGCCGUCUUCCGUUCAACACCUCAUUAGGCCCACUUUUCGAGUUGAGUCCAAAAACGACUUUUAAUUGUGCCCACUGGACACAGUCCCAGUUUCUUGUGUUUUGUGUGGCAGGAAGCACGAUAUGUCCAGAGGGUGAACAUGAUGAUAAAUGCCUUGGCCUGUCUAAUGUGCUCUUGCCGCCAAAAUAUUUAAGUCAGAGUGCAGCAAUUAAGUGUCCGACCAACUGAAAUUGUCAUUAUAACGUUUGUCAAGGCAAAAACACAAAAAAGUCAACUUAAAACCAGCAACAAGUUGCGGACUAAUUAAAUAAUUGAAACAUUUUACGUGGGAGUCCGGCAAAGACAAUGAUUAAGAACUAAAUUUGUGAAAAAGGAAAAUAACAAGAAAAAUCUGAAAAACAAACAAAUAAAAGAGAGGAAAAAUGUCGCAAUAUGAUUAUACCUGCUAUACGGUCCCCGAGGGCUCCUCAGAUGACGAUGAAGAGGAGGAGGUGGGCAGUAAUGUUACCCUGGAAAACAAAGGCCAUUCGGAUUGCACCCUGGAAUCGGAUGCCACGACCACAACUUCUUCCCUGGAACGUCACAUCUAUAGGAAUCAGCAUCGUUGCAGCAGGAGUUUUGGUCCUCAGAGGGUCUCUAUGCCUCUGCUGAGAUCUAGUAGAUCCAGGGAGGUUACCCCUCAGUUGGGAAUGUAUCAUGAGGGACCAGAUCGAGAUCCCCAAUGGGGUUACUUUGUGCCUCUGUCGCCCAAUUGCUUCUUUAGUCCACCCAUGCAGAGGAGGCGUUAUAGGGAAAAAGAAAACGAUCGCAAUCGUCGUGCUGUCAGCUAUGGCGGCGACGUUACCUCCUCCCCACAUUCGGCCACCAUCCCGCGAGCUGCCCCUCGUCGUGUGGCCUUAAUGAAGGAUCCACCGCCACCGCCGCCACCCAAACCACACUUGACUUCUAAAGCUGAUUCUAUAUCCCAUUUGGCCAGCAAAUAUCCGCAGUCCGAGUAUAAUCUCAUACAGAAAAUCGACUCAAAUAGCACGCUGACUGCUCCGGCGCAAUAUCAACCGCAGAAUUUCUAUGCCAAUACGGGAACGAUAUCCUCUACCAAUGGCUAUGGAUCACUAUUGUGUCAUGCCAGUUCCACGACCAGUCCUUUGGCGGUCAAGAAGAGGGAUAAGCUGCUUCAUAGAUUCAGUGAUGCUGCCACAUUGGGCAGGAAGCUCAAAAAGAAGAAGAAUACGAAUCGCACUUGCAGAUCCAUGACGGAGGCCAUUGAGAUGCUGGCUGAUCCUGUCAUCGAGGAUGAGUUUUUUGGCGAUCGCACCACUUGGGAGUACCACACAGUGGCAGUGACUCGAGUGCCGGGCUAUGGAUUCGGAAUCGCCGUUUCCGGUGGACGUGAUAAUCCGCACUUUGCCAAUGGCGAUCCCUCGAUAGCAGUUAGCGAUGUGCUGAAAGGUGGCCCCGCCGAGGAUCGAUUGCAAGUUAACGAUCGGAUAAUAUCGGUGAACGGUGUCUCGCUGGAGAACGUGGAGUAUGCCACGGCAGUGCAGGUGUUACGGGAUAGUGGCAACACAGUCCAAUUGGUGGUCAAGCGUCGUGUGCCACUGAAUCCCAUUAAUCCUGGCGGAGCAGUGCAGCAUCAGCAUUCGCACAGUCUCAGUUCGGUGGGUCUGGUGGCCAAUGGAAGUGGUGGAGUGGCCCCAACACCCAUGACAAGUUUAAGUCAACCCAACUCGCUGAACUCAUCCCUGGUGCAGAAUGCCAGCAGUGGUCAGCCCAUCAAGGUGACCCUAACGAAAGGUGGAAAGAAAGAUGACUAUGGAGUGGUCCUGGGCUGUCGACUCUUUGUCAAGGAGAUCUCAUCCAAAGCCCGCGAACAACUGAAUGCCAAUGGUUAUAGUCUACAAGAGGGUGACAUCAUCACCCGCAUCCACAACACCAACUGUGGGGAUACGAUGAGUAUCAAGGAGGCCAAGAAGAUCAUCGACGGAUGCAAGGAGCGUUUGAACCUCGUGGUUCUGAGGGAUAUUACCAACCAGGCUGCUGUUAGCCAACUGAAUCUGAACAAUUCCACAAGCCAUCAGGCAGCGGGAAAUAUAUAUGCCAGUCAUCAGCCUCAGGUAUCCGGAUGCAGUAGCAGUAACAACAACCUAGAGGAUCCCUAUCUACCAGGCGGAGCCAGUUACUCCUCACAGAAUCUGUACGUGCAACCUCCCACUCGCACCUCCAAUGGUCCGAACAUAAAUGGCAAUGGGCUGAACGAUGAGAAGAGUAACCUCACACCGCGUGGACGCUCUCGGGGACCCAUAAUGGACGGAGUAUCACUGGAGCAACUGGACAGACCCGUAACACCGACACGGGGUAGAAGUGCCACCAUUGAUGAGCCACCACGUCCACCACCACCAAGGGGAUCGAGCGGAGGGGCGGCCCAAGAAGAUUUCUACAGCUCCCGCAGGCAGCUCUACGAGGAGCGUCAGAGUGCCGAACCGAGAUUCAUUUCCUUCCAGAAGGAGGGCAGUGUUGGCAUUCGCUUGACCGGCGGCAAUGAAGCCGGAAUCUUUGUGACUGCUGUACAGCCAGGAUCUCCAGCCUCGCUGCAGGGAUUAAUGCCCGGUGAUAAGAUCCUCAAAGUCAACGAUAUGGACAUGAAUGGUGUGACGCGGGAGGAGGCGGUUCUCUUUUUGCUGAGCCUGCAGGAUCGCAUCGAUCUGAUUGUCCAGUACUGCAAGGAGGAGUACGACGAGGUGGUGACCAACCAACGCGGCGACUCCUUCCACAUCAAGACCCACUUCCACUGCGAUAAUCCUUCCAAAGGCGAGAUGGCCUUCAAGGCGGGCGAUGUUUUCCGUGUGAUCGAUACCCUGCACAAUGGUGUAGUCGGAUCCUGGCAGGUCCUGAAGAUCGGUCGGGGUCAUCAGGAGAUGCAACGCGGGGUGAUACCGAACAAGUCGAGGGCCGAGGAACUGGCCACUGCUCAGUUUAAUGCCACCAAGAAGGAGAUGAAUGCCAACGAAUCGAGGGGUAACUUCUUCCGCAGAAGACGUUCAACGCAUCGCCGCUCGAAGAGUCUGUCCCGGGAGAACUGGGACGAUGUGGUCUUCUCUGAUAGCAUUUCCAAAUUCCCCGCCUACGAGCGUGUUGUUCUCCGCCAUCCUGGCUUCGUCCGACCCGUGGUGCUCUUCGGACCCGUUUCCGACUUGGCACGCGAGCGUUUGGCCAAGGAUUUCCCCGACAAGUUCUCAACUCCUCUCCAGGAUGAUGACAAGUCGGCUGGGACGAGUGGAAAGUGCAGGAUCGUAAGGCUCUCGAAUAUCCGAGAUGUAAUGGAUCGUGGAAAGCAUGCCCUGUUGGAUAUCACACCGAAUGCCGUGGAUCGUCUUAACUAUGCCCAAUUCUAUCCGGUGGUGAUCUUCCUGAAGACGGACAGCAAGCAUGUGAUCAAGCAGCUGCGCCAUGGCUUGCCGAAGGCGGCCCAUAAGAGCUCCAAGAAGCUGCUGGAGCAGUGCCAGAAAUUGGAGCGCGUCUGGUCCCAUAUCUUUAGCACCCAGAUCGCGUUGAGCGACGAGGAGUCCUGGUACCGAAAGUUGCGCGAUUCGAUUGAUCUGCAGCAGAGCGGCGCCGUGUGGAUGUCCGAGUCUAAGCCCGUAGAAUCCCUAUCCGAUGAUUUCCUAUUCCCCAUGACCACAUCCCGACUAUCGUAUGCAUCAAGUCCCGAAUCUGAUUUGGAACUGAGUCCCGGCCCAUCCGCAUCAUUGUCGCUUGGCAAUUUGCCGCAGUUGGUUAAAGCGAGCUCAGAUCCAUCGAUUGCCACUAAUCAGGAUAACUUGGAUAGGGAUAGAGACAUAAUUGGUGAAGGACUACCACCUCCAUAUACGGUACCCUACGACCAUGGUGUCCAAGCGAAUCCCAAUCGCCGCCAGACCAUGGACUCCAGCAAGUACAGCAUCUACGGCACCAAUGUGCCACCGCAGCCGCAGCAGCCCGGCGUUGGUGAUCCGUCUGCAGUGAGACCUCAGUCCCUGUACGGGAUUAAUGCACCCGAUCUGCCACCCCGCAUCGAUCGUCAGUCCAAGCCGGGUGAAAUCCCAUUGAACACUUCAGGUUCAUCCUCACGUAAUGGCACUCUAGGUCGUAGUGCCCAGGAGCGUCUGUUUGGCAAGGCUGUGGUCCAGGAUGAUGGCCAGGCGGAGUAUAUCACGCGAAAUGCUUUGGUUGGUUCUGGAGCCCCAGAGACUUUGGAUCGCCAGCAGCAGCAGCAAACUCAUGCAUCCCUAGAGCGUCAGGCUCGUUUGAAUGCCCAGCUAAAGGCCAAUGGAGGAGGCACUGGAGGUGGUGCAUCCACCUACGACAGUGUGUCCAGCUACGAUUCUUAUAAUAAUACACAAAUGGCCAUGCAAAAUCUGGGCCGAUUGGGUCCCAAUGCACCAGACGAUCUCAAAUCAGUGCCAAAUGCAAGUGGUCGCCCCUUGCCUCCGGUGGGUCAGUCGCAUGACUAUGGCCGUACACCCCAUGAUCAUCGCAGUUUCGGAGGAGCCAACGAUCUGAAUCGCCAGAGCAGUCCUGGAAGGCCGCACUAUCAUGAAAUGAAUGCGUCCCGUAAUAUUGAUCCACGCAAUGGCACCCCACAGCGACCCUCGAAUCUGGGCCUAGAAAGCAGCCCACGAAAGCCUUUGGUGGAGACCAAAACGGAUUACGGCAAAUACAGUCGGAAUAACUCUGUGACGCAAGCGGACUACACCAAGCUGCCUAAGACGGCACCCCAUGGAGUGGUUCCUCCUCCGAAUGUUAGUAAUGGCCAAAACCAGAUGAAUGGCAGUGGAACGCCAAGUAGCAAUGGCAGUGGACCCUUCAAGCCAGUGCCACCGCCGAAGCCCAAAAACUACAGGCCACCAGUGCAAAGUGGCGGCAGCAGUGGCAGCGGUGGCACAACUCCUUGGGAGAAUGGGGACUCUGGUUCACCCCGUUCUCCGAAUGGCUUCUAUUAUCCACCCACGCCCUCGCAUCAUCAUUACGGCCAGCAGGCGACUCCUGGCUCACCCAGCAAUGGUCAUAUGCAGCCACCUCCACCGCAGCAGCAGCAGCCCACAUACGGUGGAAGUAAUGGCAACUAUGGACAGGCACCACCACCACAAGCCUAUCCACAGGCCAAUGGCUAUAAUGGCAAUGGUCAUCACUAUAAUGGAGGCAGCGGCACAGGGCCUUAUAUUGCCCCUCAUCGCGGCAUGCCACCGCCAAUAGGAAACCUUCCACCUCACACCCCAGAACGUCAUGCCCUGGACUUGGCUGGCAGUCGAGAGCAGCGUGGCUCGGCCUUUGAGCUUUAUCGUAAACCGCAAAUCGGAGCCACUGCUGGGCACCAUCACAACAUGAGCGAGAUGGAGCCGUACGAUGAGCGCUACGAUGAUUACUAUAACAUGCCACCACCUGCCGCCCAUCCAAGCCAAGGGCAUCACAUGCAGCGAUCCCGUUCAGCCCCACGUUAUCCCCACGAGCGUCCUCCACCUGCCCAAGAUCCCAACUAUUAUGGUCACUAUGGAACCUCUAGAGGUCAUAGUCAGCCACGUCAGCAAUAUCCUCAACAAUAUCCCCAGCAUCCGCAACAGCAGCAGUAUUACGAUGAUCGUGGCAUGGAGAUGGGACCACCACCAUUGCCACCACAUAAGAAAAAGAAAUCGGUGCUGAAGAGUCCACUGGUGGCCCUUAAGAAUGCCCUGCUCAAGAGUACGAGGCCCUUGAGAAGGAUGAACAGUAUGGUGGAACCAGAAAGGAAACCCAAGGGUCUGCGCCGCCAGCAAUCGAUGUUGGAGAGAGGUGUCCAGAGACCCUACUAUCCAGAUGAGUAUCCCACGUACCCAGCUGGCUUUGAAGAGCGUUCCCAUGGACAAGGACAAGGCAUGAUGCCACCUCAUCCGCACGAUGAUUACUAUCAAAGAGGUGGUCAUUAUCCGCCGCAGCAGCAGGAGAUGAUGAAUAGCACCUACCAGAAUCUGGAGGGAGAAGAUAUCUAUGGGAAUAUAGGCAACACAGUUCCUCGGAUGCCGCAUCACCAGGACAAUGGCUAUGGCUAUGACCAAUAUGACCUCUAUGCGAAUCGAGCCUGUAUCGAUCUGGAAAGGAGGCAGGCAGAGGCAGCUGCCGCUUCUGGUGGCAGGAAUGGAAGGAGAAUCGUAAGGCGUCACAGCACUACCACAGCAGAUCGUGGAGGAAAUCCAGGACCGGCCAGAAGGCCCCAGGUCAGUCCAGGCUACGAACAAGAUCCCCAUGAUAUCUAUCAGACCCGCAACGGAGCCUACAUGCUGCCGGAUCAACGCAGGGCACCCAAUUCCGAGGUGAUGACCCGCAGGAGAUUCUAUCCUGGAGCUGCCAAUGAGCAGACCGAAGAGGAACCUCUCUAUCAAUCACGUCGCGAAAUGCAACGGGAAAUGCAAAGGAAUCAUCUUUAUCAAUCGAAACGGGAAAUGCAGGAGAGGAUUAGCCAAGGCAAGAGGGAUAUGGAACGAGAGUUUAGCCCGCAGAGUAGCAGCAGCCAGUCGGAGGCUUCCAAUCCGGAAGCAAUAUAUCAGAGUCGAAGGGAGGCCAAGGAAAGUGCCCAGAAGACGAGGGCCCAAUUGAGGGAUCAGAUUUACCAGACUAGACGGGAUGCCUUGGACAGCAUGGCGGAACCGAUCUACGUGUCCAAAAGGGACAUGGGCCGACCAGCCCCCAUCUAUGAGACACGGGAAGAGAGUAUCCUCCAGUCCCGGGAAAAUGAAACAGAUGAAAAGAAGGAGAAAGAGGGCAAAACGGAGCAGAUUCAAGUGGAGAUCAAUGCUCAGCCAGAAGAUCAGGUGGAAGAUUCAACCUUAAGUCGAUCUGAUCUGCAGAAAUCUUCAGAUACGGUGAUAGAGAAUCCAGCAAGGGCUCCUCUUGUUCAGAACGAGGUGGAUGAAGAAGAGGAUGCGGAAGAGGUUGAGGAGCAGGAGGAUCAGGCUGAGAGUUCAGCGGAACAGACAGAGCAUCCGACGGCCAUUGAGAAUAAUCAGCACAAUGAGGGAAUGCUGGCCAGUGAGACUCAAAAUGUGUCGGAUGAUGUGUUCGAGGCGGCCGAUAAGGUUUCUCCCUUGGCACCUCCACCAGCUCUGGUUCAACCGAUGACCCCUCGAUCCGGUCGGGCUCCCUUCCACAUUUCGAAUAUCCUAAAACGAACAGCUCCACCUCCAAGUUCGCCCAUUGGCGACAGUUGCACCUCCAUCGAGACCCAGUAUACAUCGCAAGCCAGCUUGCCAGUGGGUCCACCAAAUGCCACCAGCACCCCGUUUAGCAGUUCCAUGUCAUUGCCCAUCGCUGGACCAGUAAAUAAUGCUCCUCCUCCAACUAAUGGACCCUUUCCCAACCUGCCCCGUGAGCCCAGCACUUCACGUGGUUUCUUCGACUCGAAUGGUGGCACAUUGGCGGAUAAGUUGUGGCAUGUCUCCCUGCAAAUCCCACCCGGAGCCAUACCGCCCGGCGUGCGGCAGGAGAUCUACUUCACCGUGAGCGAUCCGAGAAUGGGACAAGCCGUUGGUGGUCCUCCGCUGGAUAUGGAAAAUGGUGAGACAAUGCUGUCACCGUUGGUGAUGUGCGGCCCGCAGGGCCUUGAGUUCCUGGUACCGGUUACACUCAAUAUACCGCACUGCGCCGGUCGAACUGCAUCAUUGGGUUUGGCCCUGAAGGCUACCGAUAGCGAGAAGAACCUGCACACCGAGUGGGACAACAUCGACCUGCCCAGCAAUGCCGCUGCCCACACGGUCUCCGUCAAGGUGGAUCACUUCUAAUCAUUAAGAUUCACGGCAUUCACUAACCUAUAAUAAUCAUCCGACAACUUGAACGAUAAACGCAAUUGUAAAUAGAUUCAUGAAACCAUAAAUAUAUAUAGUAUAUAUAUCCAUAAGGCCGCAAUUCCAGGGCAAACGAAAUGAGCUCAGCAGAGAGGUAGACGUUAGGCAUUGCUUGUAAUAAUUCUAAUAUAAUUAAUUUAAUUCAAAAAUUGUCUGUUAAUUGUGCCUUUGAGUGAUCAUUUGGCUCUGCCUUCGAACUAUAAUGUCGAGCUAGUAAUUAAUCAAUCGAAUGCAAAGGUUAAAUUUGUAUAAAGCGACUAGAAGUUAGUUUCAUAAACCGAAUAUUUUGUAUAUUUUUAAAGCAACUAUGUAUUUUAUAUAUAUUUACAUAAUUUUAAUGCAUUUUAAAUGAUAUAUAUAUUUGACAUUUUAUUAGAUAUUCGCAUAUUGUUUCGACCCAUUAUCCAUUUCAAUUGCAUUCAAAUUGUUAAUCGCGUGCAAAUAUUGCAUGUAAAAGUUAUAUAUAUAUACCAUAAACAUUUAUAAAUCGUAGCGAUAUCCUUAGAGCAUAUACACGCGCCUGUAUAACCAAGAAAACCACAUGAAAAUCAUACUAUAAAAAUA